AUGGUCCCUGAGGAUGGCUACGGUAGCUACUACCUUAGGGAGCCGUACCGCAGCGAAGCCAUCCUCAGUUACCGGUAUUACCUUACUCGGGGUCCUUACUUUAUUUUCUAUCCUAUACUUUCGUUAACUAUCCUACGAGAUCUUUCUCCGAGCCUAUCAGGUCCUAGCUACACGCUAAAACUAUAUAUCUAUAUUACUUUAGGUAUCUUAGGGCUUACGAUAUAUUUAGAGCUAGUAACUAUAUAUUAUCGAAACGGGCUCUUUUCGGGCCGUAGGGCUCCUCGAGCUCUUAUAUCGUUUACCCUAGGGAAAUCUCAGGAGAACGGUAAUAUAGUUAUAGCAGCCUAUAUUCGAGUCGUCUCACCUCGUCCUAUAAAGUCACGGGAUAAGCAGAACACUAUAGAGCUUCUUAUACAGCCACGACGUAGCAUAACUUCCAAUCUUCUCCGUUAUACCACAGUCGCUCUAGAUAGCUCAGCGUCUAGGAGCCAGAUCGAGAGGCUACCGAAUAUUCGGGACGAGCAAGGCCAGACCCUAGUGAUAGGUAAGUUGCUCGGGACUAAUUCUGUUCGCAUCACGUGCUUAAAAUCUUGUGCAGCGUCCAUAUCAAACCACCUUAGAGAUCACCUGCGGGAGAUCGUCAGAAGCCACCUCCACCAGGGCGUUACGCUAGCAGAACUAGAGUACCAACCUAAGUAG